GAGUUUUCAAAUAUCAGAUUUUCAUUGAUAGCUUAAAAGUUUUAGGAAAAAAUAUGUGUAGAAUAAAUUUUAGCACGAUAGUUCUAUUAUACUUAAUUCAAUCAACAUUUAUUUGUGCAGAUGAAUCUAAAAUCAUUAGAUACCAAACAGCACAGCAAUGGGCUGAAAAGUUUGGUGUCGAGUUAUUUAAUUUUGGUGAAUUCAUCACUCGGAAAGAGCAUGUCCUUCAGAGCUAUAAGCAAGCUCAAAUAGUCAAUCGAUCAGGUGUAACGAUUGUCGAAGACAUAUCUAAAGAGAUAAAAAAGAUGAUGGAUGCAAGAAUUAGUGCAAUUAAACGUAUUGUUGAUACAGCACAAGAAAUUGGAUCUAUAUCAGCUAGUUCCGAUGAAGUUGUAGAGAGAAAUUUUACAUAUUAUAAUUCGAAAGAAAUGAUAGAACCUAGUGAAGUAUCAUUAACAGAAUCACCUUCAAUAUCAGACGGUGAAGAAAAUUUAGAUAAGCUCGAUGCACCCAAACCUGUGAUGUAUUUAUCCGAAAACGAAAAAUUUAGUGACUAUAUAAAUUUAUCUCUAAGUUCCGUUCAUGUACCAACAAAUGUUUACGAUAGAGCGAAAAAUGUCAUCAAAGCUAUCAAAUGGUCUGAAAUGCUUGACAAAAUUUUUGAUAAUAAUUAUAAGACGGAUAGUUCAUUAUUCUGGCAAUAUUUUUGCAGUUCAACUGGAUUUUUACGUCAAUUUCCAGCAACAAAAUGGAAAUUCGAUCCAGUCGACUUGUACGAUUGUAGAAUGCGCCAUUGGUAUAUUGGUGCUGCAAAUAGUCAAAAAGAUGUUGUUAUUCUUGUAGACAAUUCAGGAUCAAUGACGGGUCAGAAGAAGGAUAUUGCUAGACAUAUUGUAGAAAAUAUUCUCGAUACACUCACACCGAACGAUUUCGUGAAUAUAUUUACAUUUUCCAAUGAGAUACGAGAUGUAAUUGAAUGUUUUGGUGAUACGCUUGUUCAAGCAAACUCAGCAAAUAUCCGUAUUAUGAAAGAAGCACUUCAUCACAUUGAAACCAAUGAGCUUGCAAACUUUUCUGCUGCUUUAACAAGAGCUUUUGACACGCUUACAGAAUAUCGUGAAUCACGUGAUGGAGCCAACUGUAAUCAAGCUAUUAUGAUGAUUUCUGACGGACUUCCGAUACCUGUGGAUGAAGUUUUCGAAGUAUACAACUGGAAGGACAAACCGAUGAUUCCUGUUCGUGUAUUUACUUAUUUAAUUGGACGUGAAGUUCCAGAUGUAACAAAUAUAAAAAAUAUGGCGUGUGAUAAUAGGGGAUAUUAUGUGCAUUUAAGUACUUUAGCCGAAGUAAGGGAACAAGUUCUGCAGUAUAUUCCAGUCAUGGCACGUCCACUAGUACUUAAUCGAACAGACCAUCCAAUUGUUUGGUCACAAGUCUAUGCAGAUGUCAUAGAUCCACAAUUGACCGAUUAUGAAUGGGAAUGUCGUGAAAGAGCAAGUCAAAGAGAUCGAUUUAUGGUGUAUAGAAAGAAUCGAAACUUUCAUAAUUUACCUGAAGAUCCAUCGACUUUAAGUUACGACUUAAUUGAAAGUGACGAUUCUGAUAUCACGAAGAAAUUUAAUUUCAUGACAACGGUAUCGAUCCCAAUUUACGAUAAGAGAGAAAAUGCGACUCGAAUCGCAAACCUUCUUGGAGUUGCGGGUACUGAUGUUCCAAUCGCAGAUAUUAAGGAAUUGUUGCAGCCAUUCUCGUUGGGAGUCGGAGGAUAUGCAUUUAUUGUUGACAAUAAUGGCUUGAUUCUUACGCAUCCAGACUUUCGUCCUGUAUUCUAUAAAGAUAUUUUAAAGCCAGCUUAUAACUCCGUUGAUAUGAUUGAUGUUGAGCUUGUAAAUGAUGAUCGUGAGCCGAGAGAUUAUGAUCCGCUUUUAUUGGAGCUCCGAGAACAAAUCAUCAAUCAGUCGACUGGAAGUAAAGUGUUGAACAUGAAAUUCCACUUUGAUAAAAUGAGAAGAGUUUCAAGAAUGAAACGUCAUUAUUACUGGAUAGGAAUAGAGGAAACACCAUUUACUUUGGUGAUUUCUCUUCCUGAAGAAUAUGGAAAAUUUAGUAUACAGCCAAGAAGUGAAGAUGACAUUCAUCGUGAGAUAGUUAAAGGCACAAAUAUGCAUAGCUUUUUUAAUGGUUCAAACUGGAAAGUACAUCCCGAUUGGUAUUAUUGCAAGCAAAAUAAUGAGUCGUUCUCAUCACCUGAGGCUGAACUUAUAUAUUUCAUAGAGAAAAUGAAACAACCGGGAUGGAAAUGGCCUUUGAAUAGAAGCAAACCUCCACCUGAGCAUACCAACAUAAGCAAUAGCGCUAAAGAUUCAUAUUAUUGUGAUAGAGGCUUAAUUCAAUCGUUGGUAUAUGAUGCAAAAGUUACAGAAUGGUUUCCGAAAGAUUCUACUUUUGGAUCAAACGAAAAAGAGGACGAAUUAAAGCAACGCUUUGGGAUAAGCGUGUCUUUUCUGGCGACACACAGUGGACUUUUGAGGUGGUAUGAUCACAAUGAGAAGAAAGGAGACGAUGUUAGACCAGAAAAUGAAUUUAGUGAAACUAAUAAGAAGACUAUUGAUGAAACAUGGUAUAAGCGAGCUGUUGAGCAACAUUUUGUUGAUCCAAAAAGCUUUGUUUAUGCCGUUCCAUUUGAUGCUGCUAAUCGAAACGAUACAUUAGUAACAGCAACUCAUGCAGUUUUCCAUACUGAAAGUGAGCAUCGAAUGGCUCCUGUAGCAGUAGUUGGUUUCCAGUUUCAACAUACAGCGAUGUAUGGUUUUUUCAAGAAUAUAACUGGAAGUUGUCCUGUAGGUGAUCCACAAUGCGCUUCAUGCUUUUCUGAUGAAUUUGAAUGCUUUGUUUUGGAUGAUAAUGGAUAUGUAAUAAUAUCUGAUGAUAUUGCUGAUACAGGAAGAUUUUUUGGCGAAAUACGAGGUGCUGCAAUGAGGAAAUUAAUUGAUAACAGAGUUUACCAACCAGUCAAGAUUUAUGAUUACCAAGCAAUUUGCUUUAUUAAUAAGGAUUCAGCUAGUCUUGCAUCUAAGCUUGUAGCACCCUUCAAAUACAUUUGGACACUCUUUAAAAUCAUUACUAGUCACUUGAUUUGGUUAUAUUUAAGCGUAUUAGUAGAUAAUGUCCAAGCUUAUGGUUCCUAUUCAUAUAAUGAAGGAAUGGCGUAUGGAGAUCCAGAUGAUUAUCCACCAGAUCCUACAGAGCGAUACGACGCACCUGCUUCAAAAUCAAAGGAACAAGAAUUCGACCGAAGAGUCCUUAUAAAUCGAACGAGACCUGAGCGAUGCGACAAAAUGUUUACAUUAUAUCAAUAUAUCAGAACUAAAGGAAAAGAAAAAUCAUUUUACGAGUAUCCAAUGAGCGGAUGCAAUCGACCAUACAUGGUUUUACCAAUACCCAGUAGUAAUUUGAUUCUUUUUAUUGGGUCCACUUUGUGUGAUCGCGUAGAGGAUCACGUACCAUUGAUGAAUCAACCAGUCAUGAAAGAAUAUAAUGAAAGUCUUCAAUGCCAUAAGCUGAGAACUUCGCCUCCAUAUCGUAGACAAUUAAAACAUUGCUUUAAUAUACAUUUGAAUGAAAGCCAAAUAGAAUUAUGCGGAGAAGCGAAUAAAUUUCAACUAAGUCUGUACACAUUGAUUUUAGCAGCAAUUGUUGCGAUUAGAAGUUUGUUUGUAUAGUUUUUUAUCCUUCUUUAUUAAAAAUGUCAAAUCUUAUUGUUUUGCUAAUCACUUUUCUGUCAGUGUUCUUAUUUAAUGACAAAAUUUUAUGCAGUGUUACAUAAAUUAAUACGUCAUUAAUACUGUUAUUCUUUUCUUGUUAUUCUAUGAUAAAUGAAAU